UAAAACUCCUCCAUCCUGUCCGACACUUGUUGGUGCUCCUCCGCGCCUCCUCCGCCCUCAGAGGACACCUGGACCGCGGCAGCAUCUCCUGUGGAGUGAUGAACUCCGUGGAUCCUCAGCACCUCCACACCUCCCCGACCGUCGGCUCCCUCCCACCCAAAGGCGCACAGGAGGCCCCGGAAAUGUCCGCUGUCUACUGCGACAACUUCAGCAGCAUGUACCACCAGCAGAGCCUCCAGGGCGCGCAGAGACCCGCCGGCUACGGCCUCGGGGAUUACGCAUCGUCUCCAAACCCGUACCUGUGGAUCAACGGGCCGGCCGUCAACUCGUCCGCGUCCUACCUGCACGGAAACAACCCGGCCUCCUUCAUCCCGUCCUCCUACGGCGCACAGCGGCAGUUUAUAACCAACUCACCCGGGUUCGGAGGGCCCGACCUGGGCUGGCUGUCCAUCGCCAGCCAGGAGGAGCUGCUGAAGCUGGUCCGUCCGCCUUACUCCUACUCCGCCCUCAUCGCCAUGGCCAUCCAGAACGCGCACGAGAAGAAGCUGACCCUGAGCCAGAUCUACCAGUAUGUGGCCGACAACUUCCCCUUCUACAAGAAGAGCAAAGCCGGCUGGCAGAACUCCAUCCGGCACAACCUGUCUCUGAAUGACUGCUUCAAGAAAGUCCCGAGGGACGAGGACGACCCAGGAAAGGGAAACUACUGGACAUUGGACCCAAAUUGUGAAAAGAUGUUUGAUAACGGGAAUUUCCGCAGGAAAAGAAAACGACGGUCUGACCCAAGUAGUUCAUCAGGUGCCGUGGCGGUGUCGGCAAUAUCGGGGGCCACAAAGGUUGAGGAUGGCAGACCUGCAGUGGCAGCCUCCCUGAAGUCCACAGACAGUCCUCAGCUCUUGGGGCCAUCCUCGCCAGAGAUGGAGGCACUGAACGAGAACCACAAGAACUCGACAUCGGCGUUGUCACCGCCUGGGUUAACCUCAGCUACUUCUUGUUUCAAUAACUUUUAUGGUAGCAUGUCGACUCUCAGCUCAGGGGUGGGGGCCCCCAGCCGGCAGGGGACACUGGGACUGGUGAACGAGUUGUCAAAUAGGAAUAUUAUGGCCCUCGGCCCCUAUCACCCUAAUCCCGGCGGGCAGGACACGACCAGCUCAGAGCCAAGCGAGGGCUUGCAUUUCAACCGUGGAGUGUACUACAACACGUUUGGUGGUGGCCAGAGCGGACAGUUCAACAGUCACUUCUACAACAGCUUCAGCGUCAAUGGUUUGAUUUAUCCCAGAGAGGGCACAGAGCUAUAG